GGGCUCGCAUCGCAGUCAGCACUGUGACGUCUUCUUCAAAACAUCAGUCAGCCAUCGCGAAAUAAGCAAAAUCGCAGAAAAAAAAAAUAUUGUUUUGCUCCAAGUUUAUCAACUCGCGAUUAUUCGCGUUCUCCGCCAUCGAAUCAGCUAGUAAUCCCCCGCAAAAGUGAAAAUACCAAGCAGCUGGAGCCGAACGAAGAGGAGAAAAUAAAACGCACUACAACAACAGCCGAAGUUUAGUCAUCGGCUUGAGCCAAGUCACAGGCAGAACACUGUUUUGUUUUUAGACUGCUAUCUGGUCGCAGAAGAAGGUAUCAGAUCAAGGGUGAAGUCCACUCUCGUCUGAAUACACUAUAAUAGUGCUAGCGCUGAUUAUGGUCAGUCUGAUCAGAAACUUCGGCUCUAACACGGGAGGUCGAUUCUUUGAAGAUCCCAGCAGGAUGGACGACAGCAACACGAUGCUGGACCCGAUUUUGUCCACCGAGGACGAUGACGGGUUCCGGCCCCUGCGAACCGUGCCGGCUUUUAGCUUCCACCUUCUCAUCUCGAGUUGCAUCUCGCUAACCGGAAUAAUCCUGGCCGCCAGCUGGGAAGACAGCCGACGCUGCGAAGCCUAUUUUAUAAUGCUAUAUCUGAGAGCAGCUUUCUGGUUGAUCACCUAUCUCUUCGACCGUUUCAUCAAGAGGCGUCACGAGAAGCUGCGGCUCGAUGGAUAUCACGACUUUCAUCGUUCCACCGCCCAGCACCGGUCCGUUCCGCUGCAGAUCGUGUCGCUGUGGAACACUUUUCUGCUGGCGAUCCAAACGCUCAUUCAGCACUACUACGGGGACAGUUUUGCCGAGAAGUGUGCGAUGGUGGGACUGCUGUCGCCCAUCGUCUACAUUACGCUGUUCAGCUCGCUCGAAACGAUGGUGUUCGGAAUCGUGCAUGGAUUGUAUAUCGCUAAAGUGGUUCGGUUCAACCGAAUGGCCCCACCGCCGGAUGCCCUGCAGGGUUCCCGAAGUCAUAGCAGCGGAUCGCUGGGACUAACCCAACGUGGACUCAGCACCGCCGAACUGCUCGAAAAGCAAGCCGACCUCAUUAACUACCUGAAGGACCACAACCUCCAGCUGAACCAGAAGAUCAUGCAGAUGAACGCCCAGGUCAGGACGGUGACCUACCCGGGUUAGGCUAAGGGGGCAGCCGGUUCUGAUCGAGCCGGCCCGAGUAGAACGAGGAGAAAGGUAAGAUCGAUUUUACUCUUGAGCUUUUCCAUGCAGAGACGAACUUUUUUUCUGGUUUGGAUGUGAGAGGAGUUGAAAAGAAAAAAACUAAUUGGACUGAUCGUUUUGUUAAGGUUGUAGUUAAGGCCCGUAGUAUUUACGAAUUAGUCGCAUUGGGAGAAAGGAGUUAUUUGAUGAUUGUGGAAAGCAUUUCUGCUUUAAAGAGCUUGGUUCAAAUUUUACAAAGCCUAGUGGGAGGGAAAAGUUAAUGUUUUGUUUUCGAACAAUAAACUGUAGAAUGCGUUCUGUGAAUAGAUUCAA